GAAUAUAUAGGCAGGCUAACACAGGAGGUGCAUAAGCAGAAAGUACUGCUUAGAGAGAUGUCAGACGAACUACGCCGCCUCAAGUCGCUCCUCGACGAAAUGACAGAAACUGCGGAGCACAGGAUGUUCACCGUGUUCUGAUUGUUGCUUGACAACAUGAAAGAUAUAGACGUUACUCGUCUGAGGGGGGACAUGUCAGCCAGACUUCAGGCAAUUGUUGAAACGAAGAACACCACGUUCGACGAGUUUCAGGCAUGGCUGGAUAUUGAAAGAGAAAGGUGCACCGCAGUCUUGAAGCGGUUCUCCGCCCACGUCACGAAGACAACAAACGGAGAGUCAGACGGAGGGGAUGUCAUGUGUCUUGCCUGCUGCGGAAAGUGUGUGCUGAAGGAGGGGUGGGCAUCGUACAAUAGCCAAGAUUACAACAUAGGUUCGCUACCUACGACGGCACGCAGCGUCGUUGACCUCUUAGCCUUCGCCGAGGACUGCAUUCGCCACUGUACGGAAAUCGUCGAGGAGUACGGUCUGAGUGAAGUGGGUGUCGGGUCUGUUAAUGACGAGCUUCCUGCAAAAAUCGCGUCUCUGCUGAGCAGUUGCGAAGACGUAAUGGAUUCCGUGCAACACACUCGAGGCAGGUUGUUGGCUGGAGAACUGACGGUGACAUGUAUGGAAGGAGAUGUUGUGGGAUGUGGAGAAGGUGAAACGAAGAAGGGAAGAGAAGAAGCUGACAUACCAAUCGGAGCGUGUUCGAAAAAUGGGGCCACUCUUGGGAAGGAUUCGCCUGCGCCACACACGGAGCCUGCGAUUCAAUCGAAUGUCAACGGCGUGGAGACAUGCGCGAUGGAGACCCAGGACAUUGUCAAGGGUAUCGCAGUUGUCAGCAACGAAGGGAUAUCGGCUGGAGCAAACACCACAGACUGUGCAGUGGUCCUUGCGGCAAUUUGUGAGCAGACUGCAAACAUGAUGACGGAUGGUGAGGCCAGUGAGAAUGAUGCAGGGUGUGUUGUUGCAGACGAGAAUGUGGUCAGGACGUCAGUAGGAACUCUCUUCCCCUAUGACAUCAAUUGGGUGCCUGGUCGUCUUCAACCGGGUAUCGUUGGAGGAGCGCCGUGCUUCGCGUUCAAAGUCAAUGGGGAAUGGGUUCCAUAUCACGCCCCCAAAGCGACGUCGUGGAGGGGCGUGACUCUGUCAAUCAUCUUCGACAGAGUGCUGAGGUUGAACGAUGAGCACAGAGAUGAUGCAGAGGAGGAGGAUGAGGAAGAGUACGAGGGGUCUGACGUGGAGGUGAGCGGCAGCGACGUCAGCAGCGACGAAGAGGACGACGACAAUGAUGUGUACUACGAUCUCAAGACGGCCUGUGGACAAGUAACCAAAGGUUGGGCACAUGCAAUCCUCAGGUCUUUGAAAGUCGUGGGAAAGAAGGACAAGUGCCGGAAGAAAUCGAGGGCCAAAAAGAAGCAGUCGAAAGAGCAUCGCAGAAGCGGCGCCGGCCCCUCUGCGAAAACGGAGCACAAGCGCAGCCGCAAAUCCGGAUCGAAAGUUGUAGUCCCUUCGAGUGCACGGGAGAUUUCAACGUUGAAAGAACGUAACGAGUCGCCCCCCUCGACCCCCGUCCGGGGAAAGCGCGGAAGCGGCGCCAAGAACCGUCCGCCAAGGGCCCCGGAAAAAAGAUCGCGGGAUGAUAGAAGUGCGACUACGCACCGCAGAAGAAAGAAGAGAAUAUCCUACAAAGACGACAGAACAGUGGAGACAAUCGAUCUUAGAGGGUCUGACGACAGGCACAGCGGACCCCAAGUGGAAGAAGAGGAGGAACACGACCGUUCCGCGCCAGAGAAGUCAGAUGGUGCGGAGGACGAGGGGCCAGGAAACGAGGGAGACGAUAGGGAUUCUUCACGCAGAGAAUCGCAAGACACCGAUGAGGACGACGACAGCGACGGCAAGUCGGCCAGCGAGAGAACCGGCGAAGACCAGAGCGCCGCUUCGGAAAGAGGUGGUUCGCCAUUUCCUUCGAGGACGCUGCGCAGAGAAGGAGAACGACAGGCACGCAAUGACAGCGACACCGAGGAGCGUGUCGGUGACAGACAAAUCGUACAGCACGUCAGUGCCGCCGAAAAAGGUCGACGCCACCUGAUUACGCAGGAGCUUAUCGCACCGAUCGUGCAAUUGGCAGACGAUCUCUCGCCCGACAUCUAUUUUCAAAGUGACGACAGUCCUGCUCCGCACAUUUUCGAGCGAUCAUUAGAUCCGUACCUUCAGUGGACUGUGUGCUUGGAGGAACCUAGGGACGAGGAUACCCUACCAUCGCGGCAGGAGUAUCUGAAGCCGUACGAGAUCAUCCCUCACGCCUUCUAUUCGAGGGCAGAGGAAGUGGUGAUCGACAACGACGAAGAAGAAGAAGACGACGACGAGGAAACAUCGGAGGAGGGAAGCUAUAGUGAACAUAGCGAGGGCGAGCUGAGCAAAGGAGAAGAGGAGGAAGAAGAAACCGGAUCCGAGUGGGAAGCCUUGCUGAAGGAAGCGACGCGUACGGGAACGGAGGCGGAAGAUCCGGAAGAGGCGCGAAAGCGCGAAGAAAUUGCCACCGGGAAGCGCCACCUCAAGUACCGCGCGACGGAGACGGAGCCGAUCCCCCUCCUCCUCCAGCCCCACCCGUCCCCCAGUUCGCCCACGUACCGAUGCGGGCGAUAGGCCUUCAUCCUCGGACGCUCUCCCGCCGACCCUUUGACUUCCUCACCCUUGAGCAGAUCCGUACCCCCGUCACCUU